UAUGCAAUAAAUUAUGGAAUCCCAUGACGCGAAACUACUGAGGGCUCAAACGCACGUAUGGAAUCAUAUUUUUAGCUUCAUAAAGUCCAUGUCCCUUAAGUGUGUUGUUGAGUUAGGCAUAGCAGACAUCAUACACAACCAUGGCCAACCCAUCUCACUCUCUAACCUCAUUGCUUCACUUCCAAUUCACUCUUCCAAAACUCACUUCAUCCCUCGCUUGAUGCGAAUCAUGGUCCAUUCUGGCUUCUUCUCUCAACACAGUCACGCCGACAACGAGCUUGAAGUCAAGUAUGCACUCACUGAUGCCUCUUUCCUUUUGGUUAAGAGCCAUGAAAUGAGUAUGGCACCUUUCCUGCAGGCCACGCUUGAUCCAGUUUUAUCAAAUCCAUGGACUCAGUUUUCUAGUUGGUUCAAAAAUGGUAUUACUACACCCUUUGAAAUGACGCAUGGGAAAUCGUUUUGGGAGUAUGCUGGCAGUGAUCCCAGAAUUAACAUCUUAUUCAAUGAUGCCAUGGCAAGUGAUGCUCAACUAAUCACUAGUUCGGUGAUUGACAAAUGCAAAGACGUGUUCAUGGGAUUGGAGUCAUUGGUUGAUGUUGGGGGAGGUACAGGAACCAUGGGAAAGGUCAUUGCCGCAUCCUUCCCUCAGUUGGAAUGCAUUGUAUUUGAUCUUCCACAUGUUGUUUCUGGCUUGCAAGGAAGUGAAAACCUUAAAUAUGUUGGAGGGGACAUGUUUGAGGCAAUUCCUCCGGCCGAUGCAAUUUUGUUGAAGGUGUGCAGAUUCAACUUGGUCAUCUGACUUAUAAGAAGUGGCCCUACUAUGUUAAUUAUAUUACAUGAGGUGUUUAUUCUAAUCAGCUGAAUUACAUAUCUGGAACGAUGAGGAGUGUGUGAGCAUAUUAAAGAAAUGCAAGGAAGCUAUAUCUAAGAAAGGGAAAGAAGGAAAGGUGAUAAUCAUAGACAUAGUGAUGAAUAAUGAAGUGAAAGAUGAAGAAUCUGUUGAAACACGGCUCUUCUUUGAUAUGUUGAUGAUGGUGGUUGUCAAGGGCAAAGAGAGAAACGAAAAGGAAUGGGUGAAAUUGUUUUGCUCUGCUGGUUUCAAUAACUACACAAUAACUCCUUUGGGCUCAAGGUCUCUCAUUCAGAUCUAUCCAUAAUCCCUAUGAAGCUGUAUUUGAAAUUUCAAGAAAUAAGUUUGUGAGGUGAAAAAGAUAGUUUCUAAGGUAUGAUGAAUAAGCCAUUGUUGAUUUAAUAAAUCCAAGUGUUUUAAUUAUGAAAAA